CAACGGAAAUGUGUCAUACGAACAAAGGUGCCUCCGCCUACCUUAUAGGGGGUAAAGUUCUCCAAUAAAGUAUAGAAUUCAUACACUUAUUAUGGCUGUCAUGCGUGGUUCCUUAACAUCGUAAAGUUCUGAUUAAGUUCGUAUCACAUCACACCUAAAAGGCCCACCACACCUCAAAAUUGUGUAACAAAAAUUUCCAUAUUUCUCUGGCUUGAAGGCUUCCUCAGUCGAUCUCAUACACUUGCGUCACCAACACCUGCCGGCAGCCCUCUCCGCCCUUCUAUACCGAGUCAUUAUGGCAACUACCUCAGACAACCUGAUGAUACCCCUGGAGCCACUGGAGCAAGACAAGAAGGAUGAAUUAAAGGAACAUCUAACGCAACGACGUUUCUCAGUCACUGACCAGGACAUCUCCCUACACUCACUUGUCGAACUUAGAGAAAAAUGGUGCCUUAAUCUCUUCCUCGAUUUCAUAGAGAAUAAAGAAAACAAACAUGAAUAUUUAGAGGCGCCUGACAGUGACGGAAGGACGCCUCUGCUGACAGCAGUACGUUGCAAACAACCUGAAGCACUGAAAAAACUACUCGAUGCUGGAGCCAACAUCAAUGCGCGCGAUGAAAGGGGCUAUGGGGUGCUGCACCACUUGGUACUUAAGUUUUCUGAUGACAAUCCACAGACAGAGGAGCAGCAGCAGCAGCAGGAAGAGGAGCAAGAGCCCUUACUGAAGAUGUUGGAACUGCUGCUCUCUUCCCGAUAUGUCGAGAUCUUGGAAUUAGAGCCCCAUGGUGGCCUUUACAGGGAGACCCCGCUGGAGUUCGCCGCCUCCAGGCUGAAGAAAGGGUACGAACCUCUAGGGCUCUACAAACUUGAGGAUAUGCUCAAGAAAGCAGUGAAACAGAAGAAGGAAAAUCAUUCUUUAAAGUCCAAAAUGGCCAAGGUAGUUGACUUGAUUAUCAGGGAUAGUAGCGGGGAUGAGGUGAGAAAAGUGUUGGUAGAUAUGAAAAACAAUGAACUUUGGAAAAUCGCAAACCAAAAGAUAGGUAGAUAUAGUCUACUGUUUUACGCCGUGCACGCUAGCAACAGCUCGGUGGUGAAGGUGUUGUUAGAGUCCGGCGCAGAUCCCUGGAAAGAAGAAAGCUGGGCGAGGGAGUUGCCCCUCCACCGCGCCGCCGCCAAGGGUAACGUUGAGAUCUUUACCAUACUUCUGGAGAAAAUGAUAGAUCUUAAAGGCAACAAAAGCCUAGAGAAGUACAGCUACAGCCUAAUCAAAAAGCUGCUGGAAAAUGGUAAUAUGAAAGGUAAGGAUAUGGACCAUAUGAAGUGCUUCCAUCUUUUGUUAAAAAAAGGUGUCAUCCAGGAUGUUAAUCAGAUAUCCAGUGGCAAGACGCCGCUAUGCUUGGCGGCUGAAUACAACAAUGAGGAGAUGAUACUUGGGUUGCUGGAGGCUGGUGCCUUUAUUGGAGCCAGAAAGGACUCAGAAAAGGACGACCGCACCAUCUGGGACAUCUUGCCACAAGGAAUUCUGCCACGGGCUAUGGACAGACUGAUCACACAGGAGAAGAACAAGCAGGAGGAGAAGAAAAAGAAAGAAGAAGGAAAAAAACUUAUCAGACAGGAGACAGGAAACGAGAACGAGGAGGAAGUGGUGAAAAGGAAAGACUACACGCUACGCCUUGACUAUUGCUUUCUUCUUCCACCACACCAGGAAAGUGAUAGUAACGAACCGAUGAAAGAAAUGAAGACGCUGAUGGAUAUGCACGACAGUGGGAAGCACCGCGACGCCAUCAAACACCCGCUGGUCAAGACACUUUUGCAAGCCAAGUGGAGCAAGGCUAAGAGGUUCCACAAAAUUGAUCUGGCCUUUUGUUUCCUCUUCGUGGGGUUGCUGAGUGUAUUUGCGUACUUGCUUAAAGAUCUGCAGGAAAGAAUGCACAUCACAAUGUACAUACUGAAGGGGCUGCUGGGGUUUUUAUCGUAAUGAUGUUUGUGCGCGAGGGAUUUCAGUUAAAGUGUCGCAGAAUACAUUACUUCAAGAACUUUAACAACAUCCUGGAUUUACUGUUACCAGCAAUGGUGUUGGUUUUGAUCUUCACGCCGGAAAACUUCUCGGGCCAAUUUGCUGCUUGGGUCAUAAUUGCCGCCUGGUUGCAGGUCAUGCUGACGGUGGGCCGCGCGCCUUACUUCACCCUCUACAUCAAAAUGUUGAGUUGUGUCUUCAUGAAUUACCUGACGUUGAUGCCGCUCUUCAUCUUCCUCAUCACUGGCUUCACCCUGAGUUUAGCCCUCACCAACCAACACUACUACGAAAAGAAACAUGAGAAUGAAAAUCGCAGCUUUUGGGAGAUGUUCCCCAAGACAAUUUCUAUGUCGAUGGGCGAGCUUGACUACUCUUCUUUAAGUAAAGAGUUCCCCACAUCGGUGAUGGCGAGGAUCUCCGCUGUUUUCGUGUUCUUUGCGUUCGUCUUUGGCAUCAUCAUGGUGACGAUGAACGUGAUGAACGGCCUGGCUGUGAUCAGCACAAAGGAAGUGAAGGAUGAGGCAGAGUUGUACAAACUCAUCUCGCAGCUCGAACUGAUUUUCAUGGCGGAGGCCUUCAUACAGAUGUGUCCCCGCCUGGGCUCCUUCCUAGGCAAUACACAGUUCUUGUCAAGAUCCCACAAUGCUUCCUGUCUUCUGGCCUGUAUCAACAAGGAUCCAAAAGAACUCAUACUGUGCACCAAGGAGCAGGAAAAAGGCACACGCGAGCGCCUCACUAAGCUGGACAAUGACACAGCGGACUCCUUGAGGUGCGAGCCUCCCUGUACCUCCGGCUGCUGUACCUCAAGGAAGAGAAGGCAAGCAAGCGCCUCGAGGAAGAGAAGUGGCUGAAGCUUGAGGAGUCCGUGAAGCAGAUCAAUGCCAUGGUGCACGAUCUUGUCAAUAAACUGACACCUGCACAGGGCGCUGAGUUGCAUUCUGAACAGUAAUGCCAUCGGACUGUCCACGGAGUGAGGGAGUAAGGGACGAAGGGCAGCCGAGAUCAGAAAGCCUUUCAGAAACACCCCAAGCUACAAAACAUAUAACUGUUACUUCUUUUAUGCUCUCAGCACAGAGACGUGACAAUGACAAG